AUGGAAACGCGCUGGUCUGUGAGACUUAGUCAGAUGACCACCACCAACGAGACGACAACCAAACCGGUGGUGCCGAAGGAUAGCAAAGAUGCUACCAAGAAAACCAAGAAAACCAAGAAUGAAGUUGAGGAGCUCAGCGAAGAAGAUCAAAAGUUGAAAGAGGAACUAGAGCUUCUGGUUGACAUUCUGGGCGAGUCCAACGAGAAAUUGUACCCUGAUGCCCUGGAGCGCCUCAAGAACGCCAUCAGGACCUCAACGUCUAGUAUGACUGCAGUGCCUAAACCACUCAAGUUUUUACGCCCCCACUACGACCGUAUCAUGUCAAUUUAUGAUAAAUGGCCCAAAGGUGCCAACAAGGUGAACCUGGCCGCAAUUUUAUCCGUGCUGGGCAUGGCCGUUGAUGGCGCAAAUGACACGCUAAAGUACCGUUUGCUGGCCGGACGUGAUGACGAUUUUGGCCAGUGGGGACACGAAUACAUGCGCCAUUUGGCUCUUGAAAUCGGUGAAGAAUUCCAUUCUCGUAUUGACGAAAACAAGAAUACCAAGGAUCUGCUGGAUCUGAGCCUUGAGAUUGUUCCGUUUUUCCUGAAGCAUAAUGCCGAGGCUGAUGCUUGUGAUCUCUUACUUGAGGUUGAAAACAUCGACAAAAUCGUUGAGUAUGUGGAUGAGAAUACUUUUGCCCGUGUGGGCCGAUACUUGGUGAGCUGUGCUCCAUUGCUUUCGCCACCUGAUGAUGAGGUUUGCUUGUCGACUGCCUACAAUAUCUAUUUGCAGAAUAACAAGCUUCCUGAUGCUCUGGCUCUCGCUAUUAGACUCGACGAUGAACGUAUGGUUCGUGCUGUUUUCGAUGCUACAGAUGACCAGCUCGUACGCAAACAGCUGGGACUGCUCGUCGGUCGCCAGCGUCAAUGGUUCUCUUCUGAGGACAGUGAGAUCCAAGAGGUUGUUUCGAACACCAAGCUCAACGAGUAUUUCUCGUAUCUCGCCAAGGAGCUCAAUUUGGAGGAACCCAAGCACCCCCAGGAUAUCUACAAGAGCUAUUUGGAGAAUUCGCUACUUGGAGCUGCGUCCACACCAGAUCCUAUGAAACAGAACCUUGCUUCUGUUUUUGUCAACGGGUUUGUUAACUGCGCAUACGGCAAAGAUGAGAUCAUUGAAACUGACCCCGAAAACAAGUCUCGGAUUUAUCACACCAAAAACGCCGGCAUGACCUGUUCCGUGGCAUCUUUGGGACUAUUGCACAUGUGGGAUGUUGUUGAAGGUCUUGGAGUUCUUGACAACUAUCUAUAUUCUCCAGAAGAAUGUAUUAAAGCUGGCGCCUUGCUCGGUGUCGGUGUCGUGAGUGCUGGUGUCCACGACGAAACUGAUCCCGCUUUGGCCCUGCUGGGUGAAUACUUGGAAAAUCAAAGCAAUCCUCUUAGGACCUCUGCAAUUAUUGGAUUGGGUUUGGCGUAUGCUGGUUCUCCCCGUGCUGAGCUUUCGGAUUUACUGCUUCCUCUGGUAGUCGACUCCGAUUUGUCCAUGGAAAUUUCGUCUUUGGCCGCUCUGUCUUUGGGGUUGAUCUUCGUCGGCACAGCCAAUGGUGAUAUUACUACUUCAAUCAUGCAAGCUCUGCUGGAGCGGUCUUCUGCAGAGCUCAGUGACAAGUGGGCUCGUUUCAUGGUGCUUGGCCUUGGCCUGCUUUACGUGGGCAAGGCAGACGAGAUUGAGGAGAUCAUCGAGACUAUCAAAGUUAUCGAGCACCCCAUUGCACUCAUGCUGGAGGUUCUUGUUACGAUCUGUUCUUACUGUGGGUCAGGUAACGUCUUGCAGAUUCAGAAGCUUCUGCGUGAAUGCUCCACCCGCCCCUACGAGGAUGAGGAUGAGGACGACGAAGACGAGGACGAAGAGGUGGAUAUCGCUCCUCAUGAAGCAGGCAUUGCCCCCGGUGCGCCUGCCAUCGGUAGCGAUGAGAGUGAGUCUGGAGCCGAGGACGCUAACGAUACUGAGAUGCAAGACGCUUCUGAAGCAAACGAGUCUGUUAAUACUGAGAUCGAAACCGAAACCAGUUCGGGUGAUAAGCACUUCAACAAGGCUGAGGAUAGACAAGAAGCGGCAAAUGUCAAGGCUUUCUGUGUGCUCGGUGUGGCGCUUAUCGCUAUGGGUGAGGAAAUUGGAUCCGAGAUGGUCAUGCGUCAUUUCGGCCACUUGAUGCACUAUGGUGACGCUCCUAUUCGUCGUGCUGUUCCGCUGGCAAUGGGUUUGGUUUCUGCAUCCAACCCUGAAAUGAAGGUGUACGAGACCUUGUCCCGCUAUUCCCAUGACGCCGACCUCGAGGUCGCAUCCAAUGCAGUGUUUGCUAUGGGUCUGGUAGGUUCUGGUACUAACAACGCUAGAAUUGCACAGCUCCUCAGGCAGCUCGCUGUCUACUACUCGCGUGAUCCUGACUCGUUGUUUAUGGUUCGCAUCGCUCAGGGAUUGUUGCACCUCGGUAAGGGAACGUUGACAUUGAACCCACUUAACAAUGAGCGUUUGAAUCUCAGUCGGGUUGCCCUAGGUGGCCUUCUGACCGUUGCAGUAGCUUUGCUCACUCCAAAGUCGUUCAUUCUUUCUCAGAGUCCUCAGAUGCUGUACUUUAUGACGUUGGCCAUUCAGCCUCGCAUGCUGGUCACUGUCGACGAGAAUCUUGAGCCCAUCAAGGUGAAUGUAAGAGUUGGCCAGGCAGUUGACGUAGUUGGCCAAGUGGGUAACCGCAAGACCAUCACUGGUUGGGUCACUCACACCACACCUGUCCUGCUCGCCAUUGGCGAACGUGCUGAGCUCGAAGACGAUGAGUACUUACCGCUCACCUCGACUCUGGAAGGCAUUGUGAUUCUUAAAAAGAACCCUGAUUUCGAGGCGAAUUAG